UAAGGAUGGAGACGCCGGCUCCAGUCGCGGGGAACUGGGGAAAGGGGUUGGCUUCCCUAGGCCAGGGAUGAGAUGCCGGUGUGGGGUUGCUAGGAGACGCGCCUGUAUGACCCCAGCCUCGCGAGGGCGGCUGGUGUCAUCGCUGCUGGCCUCGGGAGACCUGCCUAAGGGAACUGGCACGUGGGAGAGAUCCUGCCUGGGACCCUUCAGACUUUUCGAUUAUAAAUGGAAGGCGACGGGGCAGUUGUAGGAGGCUGGAGAGGUGCCGGCCUUGAGAAAGGCCACCCAAACGAUCCCGGAUGUAGGAAUCAUACUUCAGAUCUGUGGAACAGGAGCAAUAAUUCCUAGACUCAUUGAAAAUCUUGACUCAAAAACUCUACAUCUGUCUACUGUCAAACUGCAUUUUUAGUAAAUUUUCUUCCUCUUACUCUGGUGGGUCUAAAGAUGACAGCAGCAACCCGACAAGAAGUCCUCUGCCUCUACCGAAGCAUUUUCAGGCUUGCACGGAAAUGGCAGGCAGCAUCGGGGCAGAUGGAAGACACCAUCGAAGAAAAACAGUACAUACUAAAUGAAGCCAGAACACUGUUCCAGAAAAACAAAAAUCUCACAGACCCAGAGCUGAUUAAACAAUGUAUAGUUGAAUGCACCGCCAGGAUUGAGAUUGGACUGCAUUACCAGAUUCCUUAUCCCCGACCUAUCCAUCUGCCUCCAAUGGGUCUCACUGCACGACGAGGUCGGGGACUUCAAACCCAGGAAAAACUGAGAAAACUUUCUAAACCAGUGUAUCUGAAGUCUCAUGAUGAUGUUUCCUAACAAAGAGGACACUUUACUUUUGAGAAUGGUGAGCCAACUCAGUUUUGAAUGUAAACCAGGCAAUAUACCCUUCUUGACUAGAAGCAAAACUACUACAUUCAGACCUCCAAAAUUGGUCUUAACCUAUGACAUGUGGCUGCAGGCAUCCCUAAGGUUUUUCAGGGUCUUGCUUGAUGCUUAAACUGAUGACAUUGUCUCUAGGGGUCAUGGACUUUACAUCUUCACUGAAGUUGUCCUUGGGAGCUAUCUGCGGCCUACAGAGGAAGGCUGAAGGGAAUUCUUGGGGCUGCCAUCCAGUGUGCAUCGGAUGCAAAGGGAUUAGCUAAUUGCUGCAAGUUCACAUGGCUCCAAAGCUACCCUUCUCCCCAAAACUUGAGGAACUUGAGGUUUUUCUGCAGGUUAUUUUCAUUUGCUUAAAACUGGUUUCUAUAUAGGCUUUUUUUGUGGUCUCCUGAUUCUUGUAAUUUCCAGAUUUACCCACUUAUAAAGGGCAGCUUUAGAUUGAUCAUGUUUGUUGUUGUUUUGUUGAUUUUUGUGAGAGUGUGUAGAGAGAAUUGUUUUGAGACAUGGAUUUUCUAUGUAACACUUGCUGGCCUAGAAUUCUCUUUGUAGACUAGACUAGCCUUGACUUUGUGCCUGCUUCGGCUUCUUAAGUGCUAGAAUUAGACAUGUAUCCAACUGAUCAUGUGACCUUUUUAAUGGAAAUAUGGUAUAACACCCUUCUUCUCCUUGACAAGAUGAGUGUGUGUGUGUGUGUGUGUGUGUGUGUGUGUGUGUGUGUGUGUGUAUCUUAUUUUAAAGACUGGGAUUACUUAAGAUGAACUUAGGAAUCUUCCAUGCUCAUGGAUCGGUAAGAUUAACAUAGUAAAAAUGGCCAUCUUACCAAAAGCAACCUACAGAUUCUAUGCAAUCACUAUUGAAAUUCCA